AGAUACGCGAUGAAUAUGGGUAUGAGUGUUGAAUCGGUCUUGCAUCGAGGUGCGCGCCGGCCUUUCAACCGCUCUCAGCAUGGCCGUACCGACUCGUACCGCGUCGCCACCAUCGGCCUCAUUAAGGACGAUAAUAGAACUGCCGAUGGACAGUACAAGACUCGCCGGAAGCCUCCCGCGAAGAAGCGGAAAGCAGGAGAUUUAGAUGACCUGAAACAGGAGUUGGAUAUUGAUUUUCACAAAGUCACUCCCGAGGAACUAUACCAAAGAUUUCAAACACAUCCAGAAAAUGGCCUUAGUCACGCAAAAGCGAAAGAGAACCUUGAAAGGGAUGGUCCAAACGCACUCACGCCACCUAAACAAACGCCCGAAUGGGUGAAAUUUUGUAAAAAUUUGUUCGGUGGUUUUGCGUUAUUACUGUGGAUUGGUGCUAUUCUAUGCUUUAUAGCCUAUGGAAUUCAGGCGAGUACCGUAGAAGAACCGGCGGACGACAAUUUGUACCUGGGCAUCGUGUUGGCGGCAGUAGUAAUCGUGACUGGCAUUUUCUCCUACUACCAAGAGAGCAAGUCGUCCAAGAUCAUGGAGUCCUUCAAGAACAUGGUGCCGCAGUUCGCCACUGUCAUCCGCGAGGGCGAGAAGCUGACGCUGCGAGCUGAGGACCUGGUGCUCGGUGACAUUGUUGAGGUGAAAUUCGGCGACCGUAUCCCUGCUGACAUCCGUAUCAUCGAGGCGCGCGGCUUCAAAGUGGACAACUCCAGCUUGACCGGCGAAUCCGAGCCCCAGUCCCGCGGCGCCGAUUUCACCAACGAGAACCCCCUGGAAACCAAGAACUUGGCCUUCUUCUCUACAAACGCUGUCGAGGGCACCGCUAAGGGGAUCGUCAUCUGCUGCGGAGAUAACACCGUGAUGGGCCGUAUCGCCGGCUUGGCUUCUGGCUUGGACACCGGAGAGACGCCCAUCGCCAAGGAGAUCCACCAUUUCAUCCACCUCAUCACCGGCGUGGCCGUGUUCCUCGGAGUCACCUUCUUCGUCAUCGCCUUCAUCCUCGGCUACCACUGGCUGGACGCCGUCAUCUUCCUCAUCGGUAUCAUCGUCGCCAACGUACCUGAAGGUCUCCUGGCCACUGUAACCGUCUGCCUAACCCUCACUGCCAAGCGCAUGGCGUCCAAGAACUGUCUCGUUAAGAAUCUGGAGGCCGUGGAGACCCUCGGAUCCACAUCUACCAUCUGCUCUGACAAGACCGGCACUCUCACACAGAACAGGAUGACUGUCGCCCACAUGUGGUUCGACAACCAGAUUAUUGAGGCUGAUACUACUGAGGAUCAAUCAGGAGUCCAAUAUGACCGCACCAGCCCCGGCUUCAAGGCCCUCGCCAAGAUCGCCACGCUCUGCAACCGCGCCGAGUUCAAAGGCGGCCAAGAUGGUGUCCCUAUUCUAAAGAAGGAGGUCGCCGGCGACGCCUCCGAAGCUGCCCUUCUGAAAUGCAUGGAAUUAGCUCUCGGAGAUGUACUUUCAAUCAGGAAGCGUAACAAGAAAGUGUGCGAGAUCCCAUUCAACUCCACCAACAAGUACCAAGUGUCUAUUCAUGAGAGUGAUGACCCCAGCGAUCCGCGCCACCUGCUUGUGAUGAAGGGAGCCCCUGAGAGGAUUCUUGAGCGUUGCAGCACUAUCUUCAUUGGAGGAAAGGAAAAGGUUCUGGACGAAGAGAUGAAGGAGGCGUUCAACAACGCGUACCUCGAGCUGGGCGGGCUCGGCGAGCGCGUGCUCGGCUUCUGCGACCUGCAGCUGCCCUCCGACAAGUACCCCAUCGGCUACAAGUUCAACACCGACGACAUCAACUUCCCCGUCGACAACCUCCGCUUCGUCGGCCUCAUGAGCAUGAUCGACCCGCCGCGUGCCGCCGUGCCCGACGCUGUUGCCAAGUGCCGCUCCGCCGGUAUCAAGGUCAUCAUGGUUACCGGCGAUCACCCGAUCACUGCCAAGGCCAUCGCCAAGUCCGUCGGCAUCAUCUCUGAAGGCAACGAGACCGUCGAGGACAUCGCCGCUCGUCUGAACAUCCCCGUGUCCGAAGUCAACCCUCGCGAGGCUAAGGCUGCUGUGGUCCACGGAACGGAGCUUAGGGAACUCAACUCUGAUCAGCUUGACGAGAUUCUCAAGUACCACACCGAAAUCGUAUUCGCCCGUACGUCGCCACAACAGAAGCUGAUCAUCGUAGAGGGUUGCCAGCGUCUCGGCGCCAUCGUGGCUGUGACUGGUGACGGUGUCAACGACUCUCCCGCCCUGAAGAAGGCCGACAUCGGUGUUGCCAUGGGUAUCGCUGGUUCCGACGUGUCCAAACAGGCCGCCGACAUGAUCUUGCUGGACGACAACUUCGCCUCCAUCGUCACGGGCGUCGAGGAGGGCCGGCUGAUCUUCGACAACCUCAAGAAAUCCAUCGCCUACACGCUCACCUCCAAUAUCCCCGAGAUCUCUCCCUUCCUCGCCUUCAUCCUCUGCGAUAUCCCGCUGCCUCUUGGUACUGUAACUAUCCUUUGCAUCGAUCUUGGAACUGACAUGGUGCCAGCUAUAUCUCUGGCGUACGAGGCGCCCGAGUCCGAUAUCAUGAAGCGACAGCCGCGGGACCCUUACCGCGACAACCUCGUCAACAGAAGGUUGAUAUCUAUGGCCUACGGUCAGAUCGGCAUGAUCCAAGCGGCCGCCGGCUUCUUCGUGUACUUCGUGAUCAUGGCUGAGAACGGCUUCCUGCCGCUCAAGCUGUUCGGCAUCCGAAAGAUGUGGGACUCCAAGGCUAUCAACGAUUUGACUGACUCUUAUGGACAAGAAUGGACGUACCGCGACCGCAAGGCCCUCGAGUUCACCUGCCACACCGCCUUCUUCGUCUCCAUCGUGGUCGUGCAAUGGGCCGAUCUGAUCAUCUGCAAGACCCGCCGCAACUCCAUCGUGCACCAGGGCAUGCGCAACUGGGCGCUCAACUUCGGCAUCAUCUUCGAGACCGCGCUGGCCGCCUUCCUGUCCUACACGCCCGGCAUGGACAAGGGCCUCCGGAUGUACCCACUCAAGUUCGUGUGGUGGCUGCCGGCCAUCCCGUUCAUGCUGUCGAUCUUCAUCUACGACGAGAUCCGGCGCUUCUACCUGCGCCGCAACCCGGGCGGCUGGCUGGAGCAGGAGACGUACUACUAGGCGCUCCGCUUGCCGCAGUCCGCUCCGCUCCGCCUGCAGGCCCCGCCCGCCCGGCGCCACAAGACGGACCCCGCCUCCUUAUUUAUUGUUUCCAUGAACUAUGUAUGUAUAUAUGCACGGUGAACGGUGGUUUGAUAUUUGUGAUGAAAAAUAUUAUACACGAUUAUUAUUAUUUUUGAUGAUUAUGAAUCGAGUUAUUUUUAUAUUGAAAAUUGUUUGACGAUGUAAUUUGACGAUUGAAUCUCGAGGACGCGGAUCCGGAAGCGUACUCAGGCCGCCACGCGACGGCGCCGGCGCCGGCCCGGCACCUCGAACACACUAAUCACGUAAGAUAGACUUAAUGAAUUAUACUAAUGUAUUGUUUUUCACAUACUUAUGUAAUAAGUAAUAAAUGAUCGUCUAGCAGUAGUUCAUCGUUCGUGAAACAUGUGGGCAUCGGUAUGCCGCCGUGUUCGGUGGCCAACGAAAAGCAUUUGUUGUAAAAUUACAGUUAAGAGCCAUUAUUAUUAUAUUUUAAGUAUAGAUUAAGUUGAAUUUUUCGAGUGGAAAACGUUUAGUUCGCUCAGCGAUCGGGUGCAUGGUGUGUGCGAGGUCGAUGUGGAGUGCCUGAGGAUUAGUGUACACUGUACUACCGCUUACUGUUAGGUAGGUAGUUGAAAUUUUGAAGCCGUAUUUUGAAUUGUAAUGUAGUUAUGAAGCAUACACCGCCGCCUGCGGGCCGCGCCGGGCGCACUGCCGACUCUCGCUCCGUCGCGGCCACCACGCUACAACACUAUGCUUUUCUUUUAUAACAAAAUAUUCAGAUUAUUAGUGAAUUUCGUCAAAUUUAUUAAAAUAGGCUGCUCAUGGUAAUUAUGUAAGAUUUUAUUUCUUAAUUAAAGGAUAAUAACAAAACGUAGGGAUGCGUAAUUAGAAAUUUUUAAAAUUAUACAGUUAUGAUAGAGUGAGAUUGUUUUAGUGGCCACUCAGGGCUCCGGCGGCGGCCGGAGCGGGCGGCGGCCGCAGCCGGGCGCGGCACGCUCGGCGAGCUUGCUCGGCGAACACGCUCGCGAGCAUGCUCGCCGAGCGAGCUCGGGGCGCGCUCGCGCACCAGGCGAGCGAGCUGGAGACCCGAGUGGAACGAUUCAUUUCAAUUUUUCGUAACGAAUACAUAUAACAUUAUAAUAAUGGUUACAAAAGUAAAAUAUAACAUUAUAGCGACUAAUAAAUCUAAAUUAUAUGAAAUGUUUAUAGAUUUAAACGAAGUUUGUUUCUUUAGAGUGACCUUCUGUGCUUGUUUGAUGAGAAGAUGUACAUCUCGUGACAAUAGUGGUUGAUCAUGAUGAUAUUACUGUAAUGAUUUGAUCUUUGUGAGCCGUUUAUUUGACGUACACCGUAGAACUUUGUUUUGCGUUCGACAGUUCUUUACACCGAUUCAUUUUUUAGUAUUACUCUGUUGGCUAGGAGCGCUGUAAAAAUGUAAGUGUUAUUAAUAAAAAACAUUUUCAAAAUAUUA